CAAAUUCAUCGCGAAAAUGAUUACAAUUUACAAAUAACAAAUUCGCAAAAGUUUUUCUUCUCUGACUUUUCUACCUUUCAGAUCGUUUUUUGAAAACUCCAAUGGCCUAAUCGCAGGCUCUUUUAAAACUGAUAUCUCCUUGACUUCGCUGUGGGAUACGAAUCAGUUUCCGUUGAAGAUCACGGUACGCGCACGACCGACAAACAGUGCCUGCAGGACUGCUGCGUACUGGUUUAACAUUUGACUGGAAGAUGUCGAAAGUUCUGAUGUGUCGAACGCUUUAUGUAUCUCUGCGCGAGAUCCCCGCCGUCCGCCCGUGGGCUCUUUCCCGUAUCUACCUUCAUCUCGCCUUCCGACACGCUGCUGUUGUCCCAGCGGAGCUCAGUAGAAAUCUUGUGCGUCAUGUUGGAGCGCGAGCAUUUCUCAGCAGGUGCUCACCGUCCGUCAACUUUGCCUUGAACAGCAAAGUGCUGCAUACAGCGUUUGCCGGACCCUCUGUUGACUGUCCAUUCUUCCUGCGACACUUCGCGACAUCCUCGUCCUUCCUGGCGGAGAACGAUGCCAAACCCAAGCCUUCGCCGGUCCCACCGAAACCUCCCAGUUCCGAAAAUAGUUCGGGACAGGAAAAGAAACAGGACAACGAUGAGGAUGAUGACGAUGAACCGCGGAUGUCGAUGGGAGCGCGCCUGCUGGCCUGGGCCGCCGUGGCGUACUGCACGGUGGCAGUGUUAACGAUGCUCAUGCCGAAUUCGGAGAGCGGUGAAGGGAUGCGCUUCAUUUCCUGGCAUGAAUUCGUCUACGAGAUGCUGCAGAACGGCGAAGUCCAGCAGAUCAUAAUCCGACCGGACGCUAGUGUCGCCACCAUCCACCUGUUCGAUGGUGCCAUUAUCAAAGGACGACGGGCAGAGCACCGCACGUACCAUCUGAUGCUACCGGAUGUGGGGAAAUUCGAGAACAAACUGCGCGAGACCGAGCAGGAGCUGGGCAUCCGGCCCGGCUUCGAGGUGCCGGUGAUUGUGGAGCGCGAUCAGGAGAUGGCCUGGUUAUUGCUGCUGUCCUUGGUGGCCGCCUCCAUCAUGGUGCUGUGGAUGUUCCGCAGCGGCACAGUAAGCACGAUUAAGCCGCCGCAGUUGUCGGAUAUGUUCUCCGGAAUGACCCGCGCUAAAUUCACCCUCCUGGACCCGCUGACGUCGCGCGGCAAGGGCGUGACGUUCGCGCAGGUGGCCGGACUGCGCGAAGCCAAGCAGGAGGUGAUGGAGCUGGUCAGUUAUCUCAAAGACCAGAAAAUCUACCGGGAUCUGGGCGCCAAAAUUCCCAAAGGCGUUCUCCUGUUGGGACCGCCCGGUUGCGGGAAGACCCUGCUGGCCAAAGCCAUCGCCACCGAGGCCAGCGUGCCGUUCCUGUCGAUGGCCGGCACGGAGUUCGUGGAGAUGAUCGGGGGACUGGGUGCCGCGCGGGUCCGCGAUCUCUUCAAGGAAGCGCGCCGCCGCGCGCCCUGUAUCAUCUACAUCGACGAGAUUGACGCCAUUGGCCGGAAGCGGAGCGGGGAAGGACGCGGCGGGAGCGGCGAAGAGGAGCAAACGCUGAACCAGCUGCUGGUGGAGAUGGACGGCAUGACGUCAUCCGAGGGCGUCAUGCUGCUGGCUUCCACCAACCGCCCGGAUAUACUGGAUCGCGCUCUACAGCGACCGGGCCGCUUCGAUCGGCAUAUUACCAUUGAUCUGCCGACUGCACUGGAUCGUGAAGAAAUCUUUCAAGUUUACUUGAAACAGAUCAAACUGAAGGGCAAUGUGGAGAAGUUCGCGAAGCAUUUUGCUAAAGUGACCGCCGGCAUGACGGGAGCGGACAUUGCCAACGUUGUCAACGAAUCCGCGAUACAUGCAGCCAGUCGCAGCAAAACCAUGGUCGACCGGGAAGACAUGGAGGCGGCGCUGGAGCGGGUGGUGGCCGGGACGGAGAAGCGCAGCAACGUCCUGUCGCCCCAGGAAAAACGGAUUGUAGCGUAUCAUGAGGCCGGUCACGCCCUCGUCGGCUGGCUGCAGCAACGCACCGACGCCCUGCUGCGGCUGUCCAUUCGCCCGCGCACGUCGACGGUGCUGGGAUUCUCCUGGGAUCAGGACAACGAGCGCAAGCUCUUCUCCAAUGAAGAUUUUCUGGAAAAGAUGGCGAUGAUUUUGGGCGGCCGAGCGGCUGAAGCGCUAAUAUUCAACAGCAUAACGCAGGGUGCACAAAAUGAUCUGGAAAAGGUGACGAAGAUGGCGUACGCCCAGGUGCGCACCUACGGGAUGAACGCCAACAUCGGCCUGGUGUCCUUCCCGGAAGUGGACGGGGAUGAGCAGGCCAAGUUCCUCACCAAGCCCUACAGCAAGCGGCUGGCCAAGAUGAUCGACGAAGAAGCCCGGAAGCUGGUGGCCACGGCCUACUUCCGCGCCCAGCAGAUCCUCACCGACAAUCAGGAUAAACUGGUCAAGGUGGCGGAGAAUCUGCUGUUGAAGGAGCAGAUGAACUACGAGGACAUGGAGAAACUGAUCGGACCGCCGCCGUUCGGCGCCAAAGCCAUGAUUUCCCCGUCGGACUGGGACAACUUCAUCGCCGAGGACAUCAAGGACAUCAAAACCCCCACCGACCUCCCCACCGCCCAGGACGCCACACCGCCCUCAAAAGAAAACGGAUCGGAUGACAAAAACGAGAAAAAAGCGUAAAUGGGGGAAUUUUAUUGUGUUUUUACCGUGUACAGUCGUCAAGUGCCUUUCUGCCGUUUGUCUUUCAAUGUGGAUUGGGAAACAACUGUAUU